GCAGCUCUCAGCGGGACUGACGGUGUCUGCGGCACAGGGACACGGUCGGGCGCACCGCGAAGAGUAGACAGCGUCAAGUGCGACAGAACAAGUCGCUAUCAACUAACCGGACUGACCGACUCACAUCUACAGAGCGAUGGUGGAUGUGGAACUGGUGAAGAAGAUGCUACGGGCAGUUCUCCAGCCCAGUAAGAGUGGCAUGUCUCUGUCCCAACUGCAGGUAGAUUAUAAAAACCUGAUGGGUGAGCUCAUACCCUAUAAACAGUUGGGGUAUGCCACGCUGGAUGCCUUCCUGCACAGCAUGCCCUCGGUUGUGAGACUGGAUAAAGGACAGUCUGGAGAAGUAGUGUGCCAUGCUACUGCUGGGGAUGAGACAGCCCACAUUACUAAGCUUGCAGCCCGUCAGCGCACAGCAAAGAAGACCGACCGGCCCCAGGUGGUGAACUGUCAAAUGAGAGUCAAACCUGCUGCUCUGGUGCUGAAUGCCAAGCCAAGGAUGUCUUUGAGACAGCCUGUUCAUCUGGGACGUCUGGGGCGAGGUGGAGGUCGUGGAGGGAGUCAUGGAGACACUCGCACUGGAAGCAUGAGGGACUCCCAGCCUGAUGGGAGAGGUGGCAAGGCACACAGUACACCCCCAAACACACCCACAAGAAAACCUUCCAUUCCAUCGGAAAGUUCAGACAAAAGGAUGACCCUUCCCUCCAAAUUCCAGAAAGAAGUCCAUGCCCAUCUCUCCAGAAACCCACAGCAGAGCAAUGCCUCCUCUAACCUGAAUAAAAACACAACUCCAGCAAAACCCAGACUGCCUCAUUCUGCACCGUACAGUCCCAAGCUGGUGCAGUCCCAUCUUAAAGAGGUUCUAAACAAGCACAGCAAUGGCCUCUGGGUCUCCAAGCUGCCUCAGCUGUACCGAGAGCACUACAGACAAGAUCUACCCAGUGAAGCCCUCAAAGACCUGGAACUUUGGACUCACAUCUGUACUAUUGAGAAGCCAUGCAGCAGCAAAUCUCAAGAGUUGCUACUCUACCCUGCUAAAGAAAUUCACCAGAGUACUACCCUACCCGGAGCUGCUACACCCCCCACACAUGACAAAUCUCAGUCCCAUCCGAAAAAACCUCUGAUUCAAAAAUCAUCUGCCACCUCCAGGCCAAGCACUCAGGUGUCCCCCAUGGUUCUAUCCUCGGACCUCAAGCAGAAGCUUGGAGAACUGUUCUUGAAAUACAGCAGUGGUCUUUGGGCCCACGCUCUGCCCAAACUCUACCAGGACACUUAUAAAUGCAAGCUACCGGAGUUUGUGCUUGACCACCUUACCCUGCUGUCAGAUAUAUGUACGAUCGACUACCCCAUGUCAGAUAACCCCAAAAGAGCGAUUCUGUAUGCGAAAGUGGUGGUGGAAGAGAAUCGUAACCAGUCCGGAUUGGCUGAUUUGCAGACGACAGAGACGACCGAGCUGCGUGCGAGCUGCCAGACUGUGCCCCCUCUUGUCAUCCCCAGAGAGGAGUACGCUUCUGUUUUGGUGGUGGAAGCAAAUGACACUAACAGUGUCAUUCUAAGAUACAUAGGUGAAGGUUACUCCAAAGCACAGGAGAAGUUGGAGGAUGAAAUGAGAGAGUUCUAUAAGGAAAACACCAAGCUGGCUCUGACCUCUCCCUCACCAGGUCAGCUGACUGCUGUACAUGGUGAGGAAGAGGAGGAGGUCCUGCGGGCACAAGUGUGUGAGGUCAUGCCUGACAAGGUCAAGGUUUACUAUGUGGAUCAUGGCUUUUCUGAAGUCAUCAGCAAAAGCAAACUGCUCGAGCUGCAUGAGAAGUUUUUCAGAUUGCCUUUCCAAGCCACUAAAUGUAAACUAGCUGGCCUGGAGUCUUUCAGUCAGGAGCAGGCAGUGCUAAAGAGGUUUGAGUCCAUGGCCAGUGGCAAAAUCCUCUUGGGUGAGAUCUUAGAGCAUGAGGAAGUGCCUCUGGUGGUGCUGUAUGACACAUCACAAGAUGAUGAUAUCAACAUCAAUGCAGCCUGUUUAAAAGCUUUGCAAGACAAAUCCUUAGAGAGUCCCCUGAAGGUGAACAGUACCUAUAUGAAUGUGAGUGUGACCAGUGUUUGCUCAGAUGGAACGAUCUACUGUCAGGUGCCCUCCAGAGGUCUGGCUAAACUCAAUGAAAUUCUGGAGAUGACUGAAAACUAUUUCCAUUCCCAGGUCACAUCAGAGUUGCUGGUGUCCCGGCCUUUCUGUGGCAAAAGCUGUUUGGCUCGUUAUAAAGGCAAAUGGUCCCGUGUGGAGAUAACAAACCUGCAUGGCGGCCGUGUGUUGGACAUCUUGUUUGUGGAUGUGGGUGUCCAAGCAUCGGUCGAGGUCAUCGAGCUGAGAGAGAUCCCACCGCCAUUGCUGCGUGACCUCAUAUCUACCCCGCCCCAGGUGCUGAAGUGUUGUUUGGCAGAUCUGCCUGUGAGUGUCGGCUCAUGGACUCCUGAUGCAGUACAGUGGCUGAGAGAUGCGGUUCUCCACUGCAAUGACUGCAGCUUAAAGAUCGCCAUGGUGAAUGAGACCAAACGCCUUGCUCAUGUUUACCUCUUCACCAGCAAGAACAUCCACGACAAAAGUUGCAGCUUGAACCAACAGCUGGCCAACUCUGAUCUGUGGAACCACCAAAAGGAUACUUUCUUAAGCAGCCGUGGACCUUCAAAAUCCCUGACAAUCCCUGCUACCAUCCCAACCUCCGGCCUCAGCACUGAUGGAGGAGACAGAGCUCCACACACACCCAAGAGGAUGUCAUCUUCAUCUGGAAGCCAGAGCACACCUCCAGGCUCUCCGCCUGAACACCGGGCUCUUCCGCCACUGCUGGAGUUGCCUGAAGUAGGCCAGAAUAUGGACGUAUUUGUUUCAGUUGCAUGCCAUCCUGGGCACUUUGUGCUACAGCCAUGGCAGGAUAUGUACAAAUUGGUGGUUUUGAUGGGGGAGAUGAUUCUUUAUUAUAAUAAGACUGAGGAAAAACCAUUUAAAGUGGAGAAGAACCAGGUCUGUGCUGCCAAGGUGGAAAAUAAUUGGUACCGUGUUCUGGUGAAGGGAGUCCUGACCAAUGGUAUGGUGUCAGUGUUUCAGCUGGACUAUGGUAAACAUGAGCUGGUGAGCUGCAACCAACUCAGGCCCCUCAUCCAGGAAUUCUGCCAACUCCCGUUCCAGGCCAUCACUGCUCAGCUGGCUGGUUUGAAGCCUAGGCAGUGGUCUGAAGAGGCCUCCAUUGUGUUCAGGAAUCAUGUUGAGAAGAAGCCUCUGGUGGCCCAGCUAGAAUCAGUGCAGGAGGCGUCACAGCCCUGGGAUCGCAAGGUUGUUAUCUACCUUGUGGACACUUCACAAGAGGAAAGAGACAUUUGGCUGCAUGACAUCAUGGCUGAAUUCACAGAUGAGCUCACCAAUGCAGCAUAGAAGCCUCUUAUAGCUGUUAGAAUGAUGUUGAGGGGUGAUCAUUAGUUCUAUCCUGGGAUGCUAUAGACUUUCUUUUUUUGCCAAAUGUGACUUGGAUGCAGAUCUGCGUAAGCAAAUGUGAAUCAUAGAGUUUAAACUUAUCCAAAAUUAUUGCAAAUUAUAGUAACUUUUUUUGCUGCCUGUCUGAAAACCUCUGUGGGCUAUUGCAUUUGACAGUUUAUCUUUGCUUUUUUCUCUUAAUGCAAUAAAGGCAAGAUUUUAUCUUACAGUGGCAAGAAAAAGUAUGUGAACCCUUUGAAAUAAGAUGGUUUUCUGGAUUAAUUGGUCAUAAAAUGUGAUCUCAUCUUCACCACAAGUAUAGACAAACACAAUGUGCUUAAGCUAACAGCACACGAAACAAUUAUAAUCUUUUAUGUCUUUAUUGAACACAUCCCAUUAAACAAUCACAGUGCUGUGGAAAAAGUAAGUGGUGGAUCCACCUAAAGCAGCAAUAACCUAAACUAAGCAUUUUCAGUAGUUGUGGAUUAGACCUGCAUGAUGUUCAAAAGGAAUUUUGGACUAUUCUUCCUUACAGAACUGCUUCAGCUCAGUUAAAUUCUUAGGAAGUCUGGUGUGACUGGCUGUCUUUAAGUAAUUUCACACAUCUCUAUUGGGUUAAGGUCUGGGCUUUGACUUGGCCACUCCAAAAUGUGGAUUUUCUUUUUUUGAAGCCACUCUGUAGUGAAUUUACUUGUCCUACUGCAUCACCCAACUUCUACUGGCGCACAGCCACCCUGACAUUAUCCUGUAGGAUAUCUCGAUAAACUUGAGAACUAUUUCUUACCUCGAAGAUGGCAAGCGGUCCAGGCCCCGAAGCAGCCCUAAAUCAAGAUGCUCCCUCCACCAUACUUCACCGUUGAGAUGAUGUUUUCAUGUUGGUAUGCGGUGCCUUUAUGCCAUACGUAGUGCUGUGCAUUUUCCCCAAACAAUUCAACCUUAGUUUCAUCAGUCCACAAACAUUUUUCCCCUUAGCAUUGUGGAGCAUAAAGGUUGUCUUUGGCAAACUUUAGGCAUGCAGCAGUGUUUUUGUCGGAAAGCAGUUUUUAAUUCAUUGAGCAUUCUGCGGUGUGCCCUUUGAGUCCUCUUGGAUGGACAGCCACUUCUAGGGAGAGUAGCCACAGUACUAAAUUGUGUUUAACUGUGGAAAGAUGAAUAUCUAAGCUCUUCGAGAUAACUUUGUAACCCUUUCCAUCUUCAUGCAAAGCAACAAUUUUUGAUUGUAGGUCUUCUGAGAUUUCUUUUUUGCGAGGCAUGGUCCAUGUCAGCAGAUGAUAUUCUUGCAUAUUCUUGUGAAUAGCAAACUCAAAAUGUUUGAGUGCUUUUUAUAAAUCAAAGUAGCUCUAACCCACACCUACAAUCUUGUUUCAUUAAUUGGAUGCCAGGUUUGCUAACUCUUGAAUCUAAUUAGAAUACAAUAAUUUGUGUGCUGUUAGUCAAAACAGAUUGUGUUUGUUCAUUAUUGUAACUUAGAUGAGGCUCAAACCAGAUUUGAAGACAAAUUCAUACAUAAAUGCAGGUAAUUCCAAAGCGUUCACAUACUUUUUCUUGCCACUGUAUAUGGGACCUACAGUAAAAAUGCAGCUAUACCUAACCUUGAAUCUAUAUAUCCCCUUAUAUUUAAUUAUUCUAAUUGUUUAAAUAGAUUAUAUCUGUUUGACUGUCCAGAUUGUAUCUUGAAUGUUCUCUGUGAUGGCAUGCUUCAGGUAUAGCAUGUUAAAAAAAAAAAAGCUGCCAGUUUACCACUACUCUGUAUGGUCCAUUAGAGACUAACAACGCACAAUCUGCUCUAACUUGCACCAAGCUGAUAGUUUGUCAUUUCCAAAAUUGUUUACAUGACUCUAAGGAUCUGAAAAGUUGUGUACAAGGCUAGAGGAACAUACCUGUAAUUUCCUCUGUGAAUAUGGCAAAGACGUUCUUGCUCCAAACGUAAUUGAGCUUUAUUUAUUUAGCUUUUAUUUUCUUUGUGUCUUACUAAUAGUGUACUGUAGGCAUGUUUGGGGUUGCUAAAAUGUGAUCAUGCAAUGUGUUUAUUUCCAUAGCAAUGGCAUAACAAAUUAUUGAGUUUUAUUACCCAAGUAUGACCUUGUAAAUUAAAUUGAGACUUUAAAAAAUUGUUGAUGUAGGAUUUAACCUGUGUUUAACUACAGAUGCUAAAUAUUUUCAGAAAUAAAAAAAGAAAAAAAAUCCCUCGUAGU